AUGGCUACCCCUAGUGUCCUGGCUUUUGACGCUGAGGGUCGCGCCAUUGAUUUUGAGGUCUGGUUAGACGACCUGCAGCUGUUCUUACAGUGCGACAGGGCUGACGACCUUUCUCUUUUUGAUCUCACCUCUGGCGCCUCUCCUGCUCCUGCUGCUGAUGCUGAUCCCGCUGUCCGCUCUAAGUGGGCCACCCGCGAUGCUGCUGCACGUCUUGCUGUGCGUCGCCACCUCCCUACCUCUGAGCGUGCGCACUUCAGUCAGUACAAGAGUGCUCAGACCUUGUACGACGCUGUAGUUGCGCGCUACUCCUCCCCUGCCACUGCUGCGCUGAGCCGUCUCAUGCUUCCCUACCUCUUUCCUGACCUCUCUGCCUUUCCCACUGUCGCUGACCUCAUUACGCACCUCCGCACUAGUGACACUCGCUACCGCGCCGCCCUUCCUGCUGAGUUCUGCGCUAAGAACCCCCCCCCCAUGUACAUCGCUCUCUACUACGUAGUCGCGCGCCUCCCUGACUCCCUUCGAGUCGUCAGGGACCACUUUCUCGCAGUCUGUCCCACCACCCUCACCGUCGACCUCCUCGAGAAGGCCCUUCUCUCAGCGGAGAAGAGCAUAGUCGCUGUAGGUGCUUCUCGUGGUGACCCUCGCACCCCCAUCUUUGAGGGGUGCUCUCCUUCCCCCUUGCUGCCCUCUGUUGCCUCUGCUGCUGCUGCCGACCUGCUUGGUCUUGAGUCGGUCCGCGCGGCGUCUGCCCCUAGUGGGAGACGUCGCUCCAGCAAGGGCAAGGGGGGCAAGGGCGCGGGUGGAGCUGGAGGGGGCGGUGGCGGUGGCGGCGGUGGCGGCGGAGGGAGUGGGGGUGGCGGCGGGACUAGUGGCGGGGGUGGUGGUGGUGGUGGCAGCAGCGGCGGAGACGGUGGUGGUGGUGCCAGCGGUGGUGGUGGAGGCAGCGGCGGAGGUGGAGGCGGCGGAGGUGGAGGCGGUGGAGGCGGCAGCGGAGGAGGCAGUAGUGGUGGAGGGGGUGGAGCUGGUCGGGGUGGUACCCAGCAGCGUAGCGGCGGUGGUGGUGGCCAGCGCUCGCAGCGGCAGCAGCAGCAGCGCUCACGGGACAUCCCUUCGCCUCAGCAGCUUCGUGAAUGGUACGCUGGGCGUCUGAGGGGUGGGGGUACUGGUCCCUGCACCUACGUUCUUCGUUCCGGCGACCGCGCGGGUGAGCAGUGUGGGGGUGCCCACGCCACCCAGCGCUGCUUUGGCCGCCUGACGAACGCCUGGCGUCAGCAGUUCCCUGGGGCUAGUGAGAUCCCUCGCUGGGAUGAGCUUCUCGGGGCUGGUGUAGCGAUCUUUGAUCGUGAUUUUGAUGCUAUCCUUACUGCUAUGUAUGUUGUGGAUUAUAGUGAGGAGAAUGAGGGUUACCGCUGUUUCCAGCCCGACCCGGGCAUUGGUACUGCUGCGCUAGGUGCUUGUGAGGCUGCUACUCUAGGUGCCAGUGCGUCUGCGCUCUCAGGUACUGGUGAGACUGCGCUCUCAGGUACUGAGUCGUCCUCGUCCUCCCUCACUUUCACACUUGACUCCGGAGCUUCUCGCUCCUUCUUUCGAGACCGCACUACCCUUACGCCGCUCGGCCGGCCGGUUGCAGUCUCCCUUGCUGACCCCUCUGGGGGUCCUGUCCUGUCUCACUUCUCCACUGUCCUCCCGUGUCCGGCUGCCCCUUCGGGCACCCUGUCGGGUCUGUACCUUCCCUCGUUCUCUACGAACUUGGUGAGUGGAGCGGACCUGCAGGAUGUGGGUGUUCACCAGUUCACUCCUGCGAGUCAGCGGGUGACCCACUGCACGGAGGCACGCACAGGCCGACACCUGGCCACGUUCUCGCGUCGGCCGGGGUCGAGUCUCUACACCCUGACCGUUGAGUCUCCUCCUGUCCCUGCGUCUGGUCAGGUGGCUGCGUCGGGUCAGGUACUUGCUGCUGCGUCCCGGUCAGGUCCUGAGUCUGCCCCCUGUUUUUGUCGCCUCCUGUCUCACGAGACUCUCCUGUGGCACCACCGUCUUGGCCACCCCUCCUUGCCCCGUCUUCGGAGCAUGGCUUCCCGUGUCCUUGUCUCUGGUCUUCCCCAGUCUCUCCCUCCUCUCCCCUCCGGGCCAGGACCUUCCUGUGUCCCCUGUAUCGAGGGUCGCCUCCGGGCUACUCCUCACUCCUCCCACUUCCCCCCGACAGAGGCUCCCCUGCAGACGCUUCACAUGGAUGUGUGGGGCCCAGCCCCCGUCCGUGGGCAGGGUUACGAGCGCUACUUCCUGUUGGUGGUUGACGACUACUCGCGUUACACCACAGUCCUCCCCUUGCGCAGCAAGGGUGCGGUCACUGAGGUGCUGAUCGACUGGAUCCGCGAGGCUCGUCUCCAGCUCAGGAAGAGCUUCGGCUCGGACUUUCCUGUUCUGCGUCUGCACUCUGACAGAGGCAGAGAGUUCUCUUCUCGCCUUCUGCGAGACUACUGUCGUACACGGGGGAUCCGUCAGACCUUCACGCUUCCGGACUCACCACAGCAAAAUGGGAUUGCUGAGCGCCGCAUUGGCAUGGUCAUGGAUGUCGCUCGUACGUCCAUGAUGCAUGCGGCUGCCCCCCAUUUUCUGUGGCCGUUUGCGGUGAGGUACGCGGCGCAUCAGCUCAACCUUCACCCCCGGGUCUCUCGGCCUGCGAUGUCCCCAGCCUUACUGUGGACGGGGAAGGUUGGCGAUGCGUCUGUGUUCCGUGUCUGGGGAUCUCGGGCGUUUGUCCACGACUUGUCUGCGGACAAGCUGUCCCCUCGUGCUGCUCCCUGUGUCUUCCUUGGCUUCCCCACUGACGCCCCAGGGUGGCAGUUUUACCACCCCUCCUCUUGUCGUGUUUUGUCCUCCCAGGACGUCACGUUCGACGAGUCAGUCCCCUUCUACCGUCUCUUCCCCUACCGCACUCCUUCCCUCCCCCCUCCCCCGGACUUCCUUGUGCCGGUUCCCCCCCCGGUAGACCCCCUCCCCCCUCAGGUUCCUGCCCCCUCAGGUGUGUCCCAGGUAGACGCCGUUGACCCGGUCGAGGUUACUGGUGACUCUAGUGCUGCUGCGGGUGCUGAGCCUGGGGGUGCUGACUCUGGGGGUGCUGUGCGCGGGAGUGCUGAGCCUGGGGGUGCUACUGCUGGGGGUGCUGGGCCUGAGGGUGCUACUGCGAAGGGUGCGGAGCCUGGGGGUGCUGAGCCGGGGGGUGCUGUGCCUGGAGGUGCUGGGUCUGGGGGUGCUGGGUCGGGAGCUGCUGAGCGUGGGGGUGCUGCGUCUGGAGCUGCUGAGCCUGGGGUUUCUCCUGCUGCUGCGUCUCGCCGGGAGCCCCUCUCUCCACAGGAGCUGCGCGAGUGGUUCGCUCGCCGCUGGAGGCGUGCUGCUGCGUCUGGAGGUGCUGCUGGAGCUGGAGCUGGAGCUUCUUCGACCGUCGAGGGUGCGGGUGCUGCCGGUCCCGGAGCUGCUGGACCUGCGGGUCCUCCUGGAGCUGGAGCUGCUGAGGGCGUUGGUGCUGAGCCUACUGCUGUUAGUCCUGCCGCUGGAGGUGUGGGUGGCGCUGGUGCUGUCGCUGAGGGUGGUGGUGCUGUCUCUGCUGAGUCAGGAGCUGCCGCGCGGCCUCGGCCGUACUUCGUUCCACUCCUGCAGCAGGUUCUUGGUCUUUCUCCUCUAGUAGAGGGUCCACCGCCUAUCCAGUCGCAGUCCCUGCUGGAGCUUUCCUCUCCACUGCCUGCUCCCUCUCCUUACACUGGUCCUACUGGAGGUCUUGCUGAGCGUCGUGAGCCUGCGUCUUGUCCCGCGUCGCCUGUUCGUGCUGCUCGCACUAGUGGUCGCAGUUCGCGUCAGCGUCCUCCUCCUGUCCCUGGCACGCACCGGAUGUCUUUGCGUCCGUCCACUGCUCCUCUGCGUGCCCCUUUGCCUUCUCCUCCUGAGUCCUCUCUUCCUGUGCUUGCCGACCCUGAGUCGGACUCUCUUCGUGCUGCCAGUCCUACUGUUACGCGUCUCCUUGCUACUGUUGUCACUGACCCCUCGUUUGAGUCCACUGCUGCGUCUGCCCUUGUCGCUGAGCUCGUCGACUUUGCUGCUCGCUGUCGUUUCGACUACGCUGCUAGUCUUGUUGCUGAGUCUGCGUCUGUCUGUCCUCCGUCCGUCGGGGGUGAGUGUGCUCUUGGCACGGACGUCCUAGAGGACAGGCAGGAGGAGUUACAGUGUCUAGCGGCUGCUUCACCUCAUCUCGCGUCUGUACUGCUUGCCCCUGAGGGAGACCCGGAUGCACUAGACAUCCCGACUCCGCGUUCUUACGCGGAGGCCGUAGAGGGUCCCUACUCCUCUCAGUGGCAGGCAGCUAUGGAUGCAGAGAUGGCUUCCUGGAAGUCCACAGGCACCUACGUUGACGCGGUUCCCCCUCCUGGGGCGAACAUCGUCAGUGGCAUGUGGAUCUUCAGGGUGAAGCGGCCGCCGGGCUCUCCACCUGUCUUCAAGGCACGGUACGUUGCUCGUGGCUUCACCGCUCAGCGCGACUACGAGCUUCACUCUCUCGACUUCAGCACUGCGUUCUUGCAGGGUAGCCUGCACGAGGAGAUCUGGCUUCGCCGUCCACCUGGCUUCACUGGGACUUUCCCUCCUGGCACCCAGUGGAGCCUCCGACGGCCAGUCUACGGUCUCCGCCAGGCACCGCGUGAGUGGCACGACACACUGAGGACUACGCUUGCGGCCCUUGGGUUUGCUCCUUCUACUGCUGACCCGUCGCUGUUUCUUCGCACCGACACUUCCCUGCCGCCGUUCUACAUCCUCGUGUACGUCGACGACUUGGUCUUUGCCACAGCGGACACUGCUGGACUCGCCUACGUGAAGUCCGAGCUGCUGAAGAGACACACGUGCACAGACCUGGGUGAACUGCGCAGCUACCUUGGCUUGCAGAUCACUCGGGACAGAGCACGCCGCACCAUUACCUUGACUCAGUCACACAUGGUGCAGCAGGUCCUUCAGCGCUUCGGCUUCACGUACUCCUCGCCUCAGGCCACUCCUCUGCCUACUCGCCACUCACUCUCAGCUCUGCCCUCGGAUGAGUCCGUAGAGUCGAGUGGUCCGUAUGCAGAGCUUGUUGGCUGCCUCAUGUACCUGAUGACCUGCACACGACCUGACCUUGCAUACCCUCUGAGCAUUCUUGCACGCUAUGUUGCUCCUGGGAGACACAGACCGGAGCACAUGGCUGCAGCGAAGAGGGUAUUGCGCUACCUGUGCAGUACGUCGGGCAUGGGGCUAGUGCUUGGAGGGCGGAGUCCAGUGGUCCUUACUGGCCACGCGGACGCUUCUUGGGCUGACGACCAGGCUACGCAACGGUCGUCACAGGGUUACACCUUCAGCCUUGGUUCCGGCUCUGUCUCGUGGCGGUCUACUCGCUCGUCUUCGGUUCUCGGCUCCAGUUGUGAGGCUGAGAUCUACGCCGGGGCCAUGGCUGCACAGGAGCUUCGCUGGCUCACCUACCUGCUGACUGACCUUGGAGAGCCGCCUCGUUCUCCUCCAGUGCUGUACGUAGACAACAAGGCCAUGCUGGCCUUGUGUCGAGAGCAGCGCUUGGAGCACAGAACGAAGCACAUUGCUCUCCGCUACUUCCUUGCUCGUGAGCUGCAGCAGCGUGGUCAGUUGCGACUUGCGUACGUGGCCUCUGAGGCCAACACUGCUGAUGUGUUCACCAAGGCACUCGCGCCUUGUGACCAUCAGCGCUUUUGCACCCAGCUGGGUCUUGUGCCUGUCUUGCCUCACUUGCUCUCCUCUUGA